UGCAAAUUAUGGACGUGGAGGCAAAUCGACUUUUUGUGUACAAGGUGCUGAAGCAGGUGCACCCCGAUACCGGCAUCUCUUCCAAGGCCAUGAGCAUCAUGAACUCCUUUGUCAACGAUGUGUUUGAGCGCAUCGCAGGGGAAGCCUCCCGCCUGGCUCAUUACAACAAGCGCUCCACCAUCACCUCCCGGGAGAUCCAGACCGCGGUCCGCCUGCUACUGCCUGGGGAGCUGGCCAAGCACGCCGUGUCCGAGGGCACCAAGGCUGUCACCAAGUACACCAGCGCCAAGUAACUGCUGCCCGACCCCUGUCCGACUCCAACACAAAGGCUCUUCUAAGAGCCAC